AUGUUCGCUGAUUUUUAUGAUGUUGUACCUGCCGCGAUAACUGACGAAGAUGGUGACGAAAUAGAUGUAAUUAUGUCACCAAGUCAUAUUGAACAGUUUCAAACGAUGCUUGCAAAACCUACACAACUGACUCUAAGGCGUCCAGUUCAAGAUUUAUCUCCUAAAAAUAUUUUUAGAACUUGCGAUACUGAUAUGAUUGAAAUACUGAACCAAGACUGGGAGAUCAAGCCAAGGCAGCGUUUUAUUGUGGCAAGAGUGCUAAUUGGAUCUGUAAUAAUUGAUACUGAAAAUCAUCAUGGUCUUCUUAUUUUAGCCUUGGAAGUUUAUGGUCGUGAUCCUAAUAUUGAUAGCCACGCCGAACAACGAAGCUCUACUGGUUCCACUCGCCAAUCAACAUCUGUGCCGUCUUUGGGUCACAAUGAUUUUGAAAUAUGUACUAUGCACCAAACAGAAGGAAAAAAUAUUUCCAUGAAGCUUAUACUUGGUACCCACCCCUUUAACGCCCUUGUAACUGCUAGUGCACGUAUUGACAACUUGGUUGAUCAGCCAGAAUGCGGACCUAACACUGUAAAUUUCGUUGUGCCUCCUCAUUCUCAUUUAAAAUACAAACUAUACCUCGACUCACAAUCAUGGUCUGACUCUUUAACGCUUGGUGAAAAAACGAAUUUGGAUUCAAUUUAUACUCACUCACGCCUUAUGAAACUUCGACAGCUUAAAACACGAUUUCAUGAAAUUGAUACUUACUCUUCUAAACGUUCUACAUUAUUCCAUGGAUAUUUACAGCAACCUAUGACAGUAUUCACGUAUGGUAAAGGUACUACAUCUAUUAAUUCUGGGGCCUUAUCUUCUAGGUUGCUUGCUACUUUAGCUACCUCAGUCGUGAGGGAUGGUGAAAGUGCUCGUUUAGCGAAAAACAGUGUUGAAAAACUAUUGCCCGAAUUUACCAAAGAAACAAAGGCUAAACUUGUGUUUCUACGGAUUCUUCAACUUUUUGACGACAAUGAUAAUAUUUCUAUUAUUGGAAAUAGAGACCUGAAUUCUCUUGCUGAGGAAUUAGCUACCUUAUUAGCACCGUAUAUAUCAACCGCAAACAAAAAAAGUGUUAUUCCUUCCAUCGCUGACCAUUUAAAAUUGUAUUGA